AGCUUAUUAGAAGCAUCUGGACUGUGUGCGUACACGGAAACUCCAACAACACAAACUUCUGGGCAUGUAAUCUAAGGCAUUUUCCUUAAACCAAUCAAAAACUUCAAAAAGAUCAUCACUUUCUUUUUUUUCCCCCUUUAAACCCAAUCGAAGUUUUGCUUUCCGCAGCAAUUUUCAACCAUGACUUCUCUGCUUCACUCUUCAAUUCCACUCGUUCAUCAUCGUCAUUCCACAUCAUCAACUUCCUCAACUUGUCUUCUUCCAACAACAAGAAGAAGAACCCAGAAUUUUUUCAAUUCUUCCACAUUUGGGGCAAGGAAAUCUUGUGAUGUCAAGAAGAGAGGGUUCGUUUGCAACUCGGCCCUUGAUGAAGUUGCAACAUAUUCCCCUUCCGAAACUGAUAAAUCAAAAGCAGAGUUUAUUGGGUCUUUGAAGCUUAAAUUGCUGAGUGCAGUUUCUGGGCUAAAUAGAGGUCUUGCUGCUAGUGAAGAUGAUUUGCGAACGGCAGAUGCUGCUGCUAAGGAGCUUGAGUCUGUUGCAGGACCUGUAGAUCUCCUGGCUGAAAUUGAUAAACUACAGGGGAGGUGGAAAUUGAUCUACAGCAGUGCCUUCUCAUCUCGCACUCUUGGUGGAAGCCGUCCUGGACCCCCCACUGGAAGGCUUCUCCCUAUAACUCUUGGCCAGGUAUUCCAAAGGAUUGAUGUUUUGAGCAAGGACUUUGACAACAUAGUUGAGCUUGAAUUAGGAGCGCCAUGGCCACUUCCACCCGUUGAAUUGACUGCAACACUAGCCCACAAAUUUGAAAUUCUAGGCGCUUCAAGCAUCAAGAUAACAUUUGAAAAAACAACAGUGAAAACAACUGGAAAUUUAUCUCAGCUACCACCUCUAGAAGUGCCAAGACUACCAGAUAAUUUAAGGCCACCUUCUAACACUGGAAGUGGUGAGUUUGAAGUUACCUAUCUUGAUUCUGAUAUGCGAAUCACUCGGGGAGACAGAGGAGAGCUCAGGGUAUUUGUCAUCUCAUGAUCUGAUGCUGAUGAACUUUCGUUAUACAGAGCAUUGAUCCCUGCAGCUCUGAGAUGGUUUCAGAAGCACAUAUACAUACUUAUCGCCUGCUCGUAAACUUCAAUUACCAUGAAUGAUUUUUUUGGUGUUGCUUUCAUUACACUUAGAAGCUGUGUAGAUGUUAAAAAGUUUAUAAUACCCGCAUCAAUACACUGUUGCGACUUGAGAACAAUGUAGAAGUUUGGAACCCUAUUCUUGUAUGAUCCUAAUCUUGUAUUUAGUGUAUAGUGUGUAUAUAGUUUCUUAACAAUGUUUCAGUUAAUGCUAGUUCAUUAUUAAAAAUUGUUACAAGCAUUCAGGUUUCCACACCUGAGACAGGAUUUAUCUAGUCUAGCAUCUUGCACUUUAAAGAAUGUUAAAUCUACAAUGUUUGUGAUGGUGUUAUUAUUGAGUCGAG